UUCUGUAUCCAGCAAUAAUAUCCAUUCUUGGAGUGCUACUGUUAGCACUGUUACUAUGUGUGUUUUUUAUCAGGGCUCAGAAGAGUCCCUGUAAAAAUAAAGGUCACUUAACAGACGAAAACAACACAGUUGCAACAAGUCAGCCUCUAACUGAAGAAGGAAAUGAGGAACCAAACACAGCAGAAGAGUGCAUUUAUGCAAAUGCUGAUGGGCUGAGAGGGGCAGAAAAUUUUCACCCUGCAAACAUCGCUGGACCAAGCAGCACUGACUUUCCAAACUCUGGGCCAAACCAUGCAGAAGGAGGACGUAAAAAAUCAGACAAGAAAGAGGACGAGUGCGAACUGAUUUACUCUAAUGUGAACUGGAAAAUGAAAAGCAAGAAAAAGAAGGGUGAAAAGUCUUUGGACAUGAAUCCAUCUGCCAGAUCUUAUUUGGAAGAGGAGAAGUGCAUGGUGAGGGGAGUUAACAGAAAGUCUGUGAGCAAUGCAGUAGAAAUGGGAGGCCUGUAUGCUCAAGUGGAGCCUAGAAAUAUGAGGAAGGAAGUGGGGUGUGAAUAUGCGCAAGUCAAAUUUAAAGAACAAAGCGCUAUGCAAAAAUAGAUAAAUAGUGCUGUGAAAAAAUAUUUACCCCAUAUUUCCUAACGUCUUGCUUUGUGCAAAAUUAAACUAAUCUUAAUAUUUGGAAAAAAUAACUCAAGUAAAUUCAAAAUUCACUUUAAAAAAAAAAAGUCCAAAUCUAUUAAAAAAUGUUGAUUAUCUGAAACAUUUUAAUGCGACAAAUAUGGAAGGAAAUAAGAAAUCAGACAAAUACUUUUCAUAACAUAUUGCAACCUUUUGCAUUGUUGAGCUUGCUACAAAACAAAUAAAUAGCUGGUCUGUUCUCUGGGUGUGUCCUUGACACAUGUAGUCACUAUGUGGCCAUUGAGCAAUACAAUUACAAUCCCUUCAUUCAGGUUUCUCUGGCACAGUAUCUCAGACACUGCCUGAUAUUUUCUUAAACUUGGUAACUACCAGGUGGCUACAACUGGUCCAAGGAGACCUGUUAGAGAAGCUAGGAGAAGCUCUGGACAUGAUUCAGCACACAAAUGGCGUGAGGAUAAAAACUCCUCUUGAGCCUCUCUGUUUUUGUUCGGAACCUUCUGCCUGAUUUCAGAAGCUGGAAGAGUUUGUUGCUGGGAUGGGAAUGGGUCCUUAAAAAUCUGAGUUAUUCUAGUCCAGCAUCUCCUGAUGUAAAUGUCCUGUAGGGAAGGGAGAGCAGUCCUGCAGCAGCGUUCUGCCGUACGGAUACUCUCUGAAGUGCUUUUUUAGCCUUGACACAGCUGUUUCCAUACCAGGAUGUGAUGUUCUGUGUGAGGAUGCUCUUCUCACACAGAACCUGUGUGAGGAUUUUCUAUACAGUGCCUGUAUAGAAAAUCCUGAGGAUCACUGGAGAGACCCUGAACUUCCUCAGUUGUCAUAUGUGGUACAGGUGCUGCCUAGCCUUUUGGUCUGCACCUGAAUGUGGGCAGACCAUGCCAGGUCUGAGGAGAUGUGGACACUAAGGUACUUGAAGAACUGCACCCUCUCCACUAGAGCUCCAUUAAUGAUAAUGGG